UCAGUCGUAAAUAUCGGACAGGAUGUCGGAACGGCUUGGAAAAACACUUAAGAAAUUUAAACAAUUUGUAAAAUUCAUACAGAUCCCACGGAGUUGUAUUUUACUUGCCGUUGCUCACAUUCCACUUAUAUAAAGCAGGCAUUAAUCAUCUACAACUCGCUAAAGGCUGAGCAUAUUAAAUCCUAUAUUUAGGUUUACUAGACAUUUAAGACGCUCGCGACAUUCAGAUGCCUGUUAAACGAGUCUAAUUGAAUGUAGCAUAUAGUUACUAUGCAGGAUUACAGUGUGAUGAGGGAGAUACUUUUGUAGCUGCAAACACCGAGGUGCUUUUGGGGUCGUUCUUGAGAGAUAAAGAUGGUUCUGUCUUUGGUGAACCUGUGCGCCCGGGAGGUAGUGAGCGACCACAGUUCUUCGCCGUAUUGGUUAAGUUGUGUGCCGAGGGAGCUCUACCGAGCGCUGCUGGACGCCGCCUUCUCUCACUGCCGUCCUCUAGCCGUCGGUGAGCUCAUCCAGCGGUGGCCUGAGCGAACACUGACUAUAGGAGGCAGCAGAAAAUCGGGCCAGUGCCUUCCGAACCGCCUCUGCGUUCAGGCUCUGCUGCUCGCUGUGGUCAGGGGAUUGACGGACAAGAGCCCUAUAUGUGCCUCCCUUACCAGGUGUUGCCUGCAGGUGCUGGAUCUCAGUGGACUUCAGUGUGAGGAUGUGAGAGUUGAAGACUCAAUGGGUGGAUGGUCCCUCACUGUUGCCCUCUGCUCAAUGGUGCUACAAGCUCGAGCUGCUGCCUCCAGGGCUCACAGGAGAGAUGGUGAAAGAGAGCGAAAAAGAGGGCUGGAAGUGGAGCGCGAACGGGGCGCUAUCAAACGAGACCGGGGCAGUGUAGGGUGCGGGAAUAGUGGUGAAGGGAGUCAGGGAGGAGACCGAGUGGAAGUAGUAGGGAAGAUGGAGUGCAGAACUAAUGAACGAACGUUACCAGACGUUGAGUCAGUAAAGGGUGUGAGAAGGAGGAUGGAGAUCCAGAGGAGAAAGAUUUCAUCUGAGGUGAAAUCACACAAUAGCAGUAAUAACGGUAGUUUAUGUGACCAAGACUGGGACGAGGUAGUUGUGGUCCAUGUCAGGGCUGACUUAUUUAUCAAUUCCCGUUCCUGGGAGCGCGUCCGUGAUGCCCUUAGUCAACUGGGCCAAUUGCAACUCCACUGCCGCUACCUUCGCGUGGAGGAACUCUCAGCUCCCUCUAUAGCUUCCUUAUUGGGUCUGUUGCCUCAGCAGGAUCUCCUCGGUGUGGACAUCCGCUACUCCAGCCUUGGGGUGUCUGGCCUGGCUAUGUUGCUUCCACUGUUAGCUCCCUUCCCACAGCUUCACUCUCUCAGACUGCAUUACUGUAACUUGGACUUGCAACGCACACAACCUGGCCAGCAGGGGGCCCUACAGGACAUGUCGGAAGGACUGGGUUCACUGAAGAGAUUGAAGAGAUUAUGCCUGACUGCACUCCGACUUCCAGGACACUUGCGCUUGCUGCUCAGCUCUCUUUCCCAGCCCCUGGAGGUGCUGGAGCUGCCAUACCUGUGCCUGACCUCCACUGACCUGGCCUACCUCUCUUGCAGUCCUCAUGCUUCAUUCCUGAGAGAACUUGACCUGAGCGAGAACAGGCUUGAUGAAUCGUCCCUGCCCUCUCUGCGCCGUCUCUUAGGUCAAGCUGAAAGCUCCAUGUCCCAGCUUUCACUUUGUGGUUGUGGCCUCUCAGACACUCUCUUGGGAGCUCUUCUCCCUUCCCUGUCCUGCUGUCGGGCUUUGCGUAGCUUAAGACUAGCCUUAAACCCGCUAUCUAGGACAGGACUUCUUUCCCUGGCCCGUACAGCAGCAGGUAUCCCUUCUCUUCGUCUGCUGCUCUAUCCCAGUCCACUAGAGGAAUAUGAGCCUGGUCUGCCGGCUCUCCCCUCCAGUGCUCAGCUGCUGGACUGGCCUCUACUAGAGGAGCCUGAGGGCAGGGACUUGACGCUGAGGUUGCUGGAUGAGGUUCUGAACUUGAAAGGGCGCUCCCAGGACCUUCUUGUGACCUCUGACCUUCUGAACUAUAGCCCAGACUUGACUGUGGAUGACACUUGACAAUCAAAACUAUGCUUAAACUAGUACUCUCAGCGUAUGUUUUAACCACUCUUAGGGAAUUUACUUGUGGUUGCCAAGCUUCUUCAUGAAAAGCAAACCUUAGCUUAGACACACAGUCUUGUUAAAAAUAAACCAUAGUAUUAUAUUGUUUGCAGCAUCACAUAUAAAAGGAUUUUGAAUUUUUUGUUUUGCUAUGCAUUACAUAUGGUUUUACUGCCUUAUAUCAUGUUUAUGGCCUGCACCGAUGGAACGAACUAAGACACCUCUUAAAAGUUGUUGACUUCUUAAUUUCUUCUUAAUCUUCUCAAGGGACAAACUUUUUGACUUCUUAAUUUUCUCACAGGGCUGUAAGGCUGGAUUUUUAUCCACAUUUUCCUUCCAUCCAUCCAUCCAUCUGUGUUAUAUGGUAAAGCCCAGAAAAAAUCAGUUUUAUUUUUGUUUGAAUAUUGAAAAUGUUCAGGUUUGAUAUUCUUUGCUCUGUCUCUGCUAAUUCAACAUUAAUGUCAAUGGGUUAGUUUACCCAUAAAUGAAAAACAUUUUUUUCCAAAAAUGUAUGGUUUUUAUGGCAAAAAAAAAAUUGUUUUUAGGUUAAUUAUUCUUUGAAUAUUAAUUGAACAUCAUAGUAUUUAAAGACAAGUACAGUGUGCUCACGAUUUCUGGAAAAUCUGGAAAACUUGGAAUCUUUGUAACCAAUUUUAUUGAAUUACUUAAGUGCUUAAAUGAUUACAAAUCUAUAAUGAAAAAUGAAAACAAUAGUAUUUUUAUAUCAUACUUUCUAUUAUAAAUUGUGCACCAGGGAAAGGAUGGGGUUUGAGUUAUAGUCUCAUCAUCAGACGUCACAGCCAGGGACCAUUAGCUGAACGUCUGAUGCAUAAGGCAUUAUUGGAUCUACAAAUGUAUAUAAAGUUCACUGCAUAGACUCUUUGAAAAAUAUUUUAACUUGUUUGCCUGAUGGGAUAUGGGAAGAGUUCUAUUAUUUUCCAAGCCUGGCCGACCCUUUGCCAGCACAUAAAAGGAAUCCCUAGUGAUCCAAUUUUAUUUAUUGAUGCACAGUUGUCUGUUAGGGACAUUGACUUUCACACCCCUAAACAUGACACAGAACAAAACAAACUAUACGUAUUGGGACAGUAAAGACAAAAUUGCUCUUUUAGCUGUGGUGUCAAGACAACUAUAAAUAUGAUUAAAAGAUUAAUAUGAGGCAGAAGUACAGAAUGUCACAUUUUAUUAUUGGCAGUUUCAACACUAAAAGUGCUGUACUUAGUUGGUAAAACAUUUUGAGUUUCAUCCUUCUGCCUAAUGUGAGCAUAAGUAUUGGCACAGUUUAACUUAAAGCAAAUGUGAACGUGUAAAUGCUAAUAUUUAGUUGUAAAUCCCUUGCAAGCAAUCACAGGAGCAAGUCUGUGACCCAUAGACAUCACCAGACUCUUGGUCUUGGCCAUUUUCAACGGUUGCUUGUUUUGGGGAGUUUCUGCCUUUAGUCUCUUCCUCAGCUGGUGAAAUGCUUAGGUUUUAAAUCUGGAGACUGAUUUGGCCAAUCUAAGAUCCACAAUUUCUUUACCAUGAUAAUCUCCUUGAUUGAGUUGGCAGUACUAGUGUUUUGGGUAAUUGUCCUGUUACCAUAUGAAGCACUUCCCAUUGAGUCUGGUGGCAUUUUCUUGAACACUGGUAGGCAAGAUUUUUUGUGCACUUCUGAAUUCAUUUUUCUGCUGCCAUCAUUGAAUAAAUCAUCAAUAAAGAUGAGUGAGCCUGUUCCAGAGGCAGACAUGAUACUACAUCCACCAUGCUUUCCAGAUGAGGUUGUAUGCCUUGGAUCAUUUGCAGUUUCUUUUUUUUUUCUCCACACUUUUGCUUUCCCACUUUGAUAAAGAUUAAUCUUUGUCAUCUUAAUCUCUGUUCUAAAAACCCUACUGGCUCAUCAUGAUCAUUCACAUCAUUUAUAACUGGUGUUGAACACUUGUAGUGUGUACUGCAGUUUAUGUGCUGACUGGUGAGGGUAUAGACAGCUGUCUUCUCUGACACACAUGGAGUCUUUAACUCUGUGCACCUGAUGUGAGCUUCAGUGGAAGGUAAAACCGGUUCAGAGGUCCACUUUAUCACUAGAUCACACACACUCCACACAGAACACUAGUCUGUGUUGAUGAGUGGAAGGAUUUAACAUAACCCACUGGAAUCACCUGACUAAGGCAUUUAUAAAUGUUUAUCCACUUCAAAACAAAUAAAUUACUCUUCUUAAAAAUAGUGCUUUAGCAUGCCUGCAUGUUUGUGCAUAUGAACACAGACCAGCUUACAACUUCAUCAAUAAAUCAUAUACUGAUCAUUUA